UCCGGAGAAAGAUAACGGGUCCCCUCCAGCCUAGAAAAGGGGGGGAAAAAGAAUCGCCGCUGCUCCUGUUUGAUGCGCACAUGUCCAGGCUGCGUUGCGCUCGUCCAACGGAGCAGCGCUGAGCUCGGGCCCCCGCUUUAGCAUCAUCCUCCUCCGCCGCCGUCGGACUGUGCGCCGGGAGAGCCCAGGCAGGAGCUAGCCGAGCUGAUGGUGAUGGUGAUGAUGAUGCAUCUGAGGAUUUAUCCCGGCGUCUCUCUGUGAGAUGGAGCCAGCGACGUUCAACGGGAGCUGCUAACGGCGCCUGGGGCAGACCCGGAUGGCUGGAUGGGGGGAGAAGUAGCUCUGUCGCAACGGGGGUUUCUUGACCAUUCUCGCCCUUUUUUUUUUUUCCUUUUCUUUUCGAAGCUCAGAUCAGAUUUAACAGACGUAACAUGCCGACUAGCAGAGAUAGCCAUUUUUUAGCUUAGCAUCACGGUUGAUCUCGCUUCGCCCGGACCCCCUCGGCCGUCCUUGGAUGCUUCAGUGACAUUAAUUGGACGGUGCGCUUCAGGAUGGCACAGCUGUUGGACAGUGCCGGCAAACUGAGCUGGGUCCUCUUCAAUUCGGUGUUCCGCUUCACCUUCAUGUUCCUCAACAACUGCGUGGCCAUCCCGUCCUACUGCCUGUACCUGCUGCUCCUCCAGCCGCUGAGAAUAUGGGACAGCUCCGCUUUCUGGCACAUCGAAGGGGUCAUGUUCAAGUGGCUGCUGGCCAUGGUGUCGUCGUGGGGCUGGAUCGCCGGUUAUACAGUCACAGAGUGGGGUGAUGAUGUACGGGACAUCUCUGAAGAAGAAGCCAUGGUCAUCGUCAAUCAUCAGUCCACUGGGGACGUUUGCACCCUCAUGAUGUGCCUGCAAGACAAGGGCACGGUGGUGCGGAAAAUGAUGUGGUUGAUGGACCAUGUGUUCAAAUACACCAAUUUUGGUCUAGUGUCCCUGAUUCACGGGGACUUCUUCAUCAGACAGGGUAAAGCUCACAGAGACAAGCAGCUGGUCUACUUGAAGGAGCAUCUAGAAAAAUACUACCACAGCCGCGACAGGAAGUGGAUAGUGCUCUUCCCCGAGGGCGGCUUCCUCAGGAAGAGGCGAGAAACCAGCCAGCUGUUUGCAAAGAAAAACUCUCUCCCUCACCUGACCCAUGUCACGUUGCCUCGCCUCGGGGCCACCCACAUUAUCCUGAAAACCCUGACGGCUCAGCAGGAGAACGGCAGCGUGGGCGGCGACACCGGCACCCGCAACAAAACAGUUAAUAAAAGUAAAGGCCUGCAGUGGGUUAUAGAUGUGACCAUAGCGUACCCCAAAGCGAGACCGAUGGACAUCCAGACGUGGAUCUUUGGCUACAGGCCUCCUACAGUCACACAUGUACAUUACAGAAUGUACCCAAUAAAAGAGGUUCCUGUGGAGUCGGAGGCCCUGACUGACUGGCUGUAUCAGAGGUUCGUGGAGAAGGAAGAGUUGUUGGCCCACUUCUACGACACAGGAUCAUUCCCCCCUCCAGAAGGCCAGAAGGAGGCAGCUUCCCGGCAGAUGAUCCUGGACCCCGUGUGGCUGUGCAUGGUCCAGUCGUUUGCUUUCGCCUCGGGCUACAUCUGGUACAACGUCCUCCAGUACCUCUACUGCUGUUUAUUUUGAGCGCGCGGACGAGCCGGGAGUCUUUAUCGGACCAAUGGAAAAGCCUCAGGAUCAGUCGCCGCGUGUUGUGUGUGUGUGUGUCUGUGUGUGUGUGUGUUUGUGUGUGUGUGUUUGUGUGUGUGACCCAACGUCACACUUUUGACCCCUCUCCCCUCCUUUUCCCCUACGAUGGAUGAAUGUACAUCUGCAGCAUUGGAGAGAACCUAAAGGAAAAACUAUAAACCACAAGAAACAGAUUUGAAAAAGUCCAUACGACACAAACACGGUCACCCAGAUUGGUGUCUCGCACACACACCCAAACGCCACACACUCGCGCCAGCGGGGGA